CUUAGUCAAUACCAGUUUCGUUUUGGACCUUUCUCCGUAACGUACCCAAGCUAUACCUUCGUCAAUAAUUAUGUUAAAACUUAUUGUGUGUUUUUCGGUCUUAUUUGUUGUUUCCUUCGUUACAGCUGAUUAUGACUUCAAUGAUUCUGAUUUUAAUGAACUGAUUUUCCAAGAUCUAACAACAGAAAUUGAAGAUAAGCCACUUCGAGUUAGACGUGGCGCUGAUGUAGAAUCUGCAUCAGAUAAUCCAAAAGAUAGUCAUCGAAAGAAAGCUAAAGAAGAAAAAGAUGCUCAUUGUUGUAGUGGCGAAAAGGGUAACCCUCAAGAAAUAGAAGCUGCAAAAGAGGUCAAAAAUAAGUGUAUUGCUGAAAUUCGUGGUGAGAGUGGAACCGACGAUGAACUAGGCUAUGAUCCACUCAGCUGUGAAGGCGUUCAAGCUAUGAGGGAGAAAACAAUUUGUGCUGCUGAAUGUAUCGUUAAGAAGUUGAAUUUACUAGACGUUAAUGGGGAAUUUAAGCGUGAUGCAUUAUUAAAUCAUACACGCAAGUUAAUUGGCGAAAGUAAAUGGAAGACACCGGUGUUGGAGGAAUAUCUUGAUGGAUGUUUGAGUUCAUUGAAAAACUCCACAACAACUUCUACAGAAGUUGAAAAAGAGAAGAGUGAAAAACAAUCAUGUAAUACAGCACCAUUGGAAUUGCAUCAUUGCAUGUGGAAGAAAUUUGUUGAAGGUUGUCCAGUAGAGCAACAAAUCGAUAGCAAAAAAUGCAGAAAGGUUAGGGAACGUUUGACAAAAGGUGAUACUUCUUAUGCUGAGAAGACUUUUAAGAAACUUUUUAAACAUCGUCAUUGAAAAUAUCGAAA